UCGCCGGUUCACCGUCCCCAAGACAUGAGCGUGCCACACACACACACACACACGUCGGACUGAUUGUCAGACACAACAGAACCAGUUUUAGCUGUAGUGCAGCACCGAUUACGCAGACGGGACUCUCUCUCCUCAUCGACCCCGUUCCCUCUCACAGUGUGCGGAGGAAAGAGAGAGAGUGAAAAGGCACCUCUAAUUAUUCAGACUGAACGGAGGCAUGAGCGAUACCCCCCUCCUCUCUUUCUCUGCGCCGGAACCCGGGUGACUGGAGCGCGCGUGUCACAGUGACAGCUCCACCAACCAAAGAGACGAGACAGAUUAUCGGGAAACGGACUCUGUAGCUUUGUUGAACACUCCGUGCUGCAACAGCAAACACCAAAACCUCACGCGCUCUUUUCAGAGAACGGACACAGCUUCUGCUGCGCCUGUGUCUCUGUCUGCUUUUUUUCUUCCGAGAGACUCCAGGGGCGCAAUACACCUGUCACCAGCAUCAAACUCUGCUCGGUAAAUCUGCUCGAGACGUUCUCAAUGUCAUCAGAUAUCGCCACACUAAACACCCUCGCCUCUCCCCAGAACUGAAAGGAGAGAGAAAUGAGAGAGGGAUAGUCGAGAGAGGGGAAAGGGAAGAAGGAAAGAGAGAUAUAAAUAAUAACUGUUCUUUACCAGGAGCUAGAUUUCUCAUUUUACUAGAACAUUGGCAUGGAAAGCUAGCGCAUCAACAGGCUACAAAUCCUACCGCCCUGACUAUUUAACGGACCCUCAGUGCAUAACUCAUGCUUAUUUCUGUAAGCAACCUGAAGGAUUAAUUUAAUAACAAAGAAGAAACACUUUUUAUUGAAGUUCCAUUUUCCCGGAGGAGUAGCUGAAUAUCCUCGCCUCCCCUCCCCUUGGUCGGACUCGGACUGAGAGGAGGGACACUUGACUCUGCUUCACCUGGUGAAGAGUGCGGUAAACCGGACAGACCGACGUCCGCACACACGCGAACCCCUGCGCAUGGGGGAGCGCGGCCCCACAAGGUCGGAUGUCGUGCAGCACGUGCUAUUACCUGGUCAUCAGCUCCACACACCUGAGCAACGGCCACUUCCGGCGUGUAAAGGGUGUCUUCAGGGGACCACUCUGUCGCACGGCCUCCAACCAAUCACCGGAUCAUGGUGAGAGUGCAGCAGGUACAGUGGAGAAUGAUGGGAAGUCGAGUUUCUUCUGUCAGCUGUGUGAAAAACAGUACCUGAGACACCAGGAGUAUGACAACCAUAUCAACUCCUAUGACCACGCACACAGACAGAGACUAAAGGAGUUGAAGCAGAGGGAGUUUGCUCGGAACGUUGCGUCUAAGUCGUGGAAGGACGACCGCAAGCAGGAGAGAGCUCUGAGACGCCUGCACCAACUAGCACUGCUACGACAACAGACACACAGGGUACCAGGCCAGGUUGUUAGGUUCCGAGGGACAGUGAGAGCUGAGAUCCAGCAUUCAGAGAGACACUGUGGAGAGAGAGACAACAGACCAGGGGACCACCAUGUCCCCUUGACCCAAACAGGGUUAAUCCAAACCACAGGGAACUCCCAGCGACCCGCUGUUACCCUACCUCUAACCCAGCCCCAGACCAUCCCUCUCAGCCUCCAGGUAGAGGACUCCCCCCAGCUCCAGACCAAGCCUCUCUCCAACUCCCAGCCCCAGCAGCCAGAGGACCCUACCAACAUACCCAUCUUCUCUGGAGGGCCCAUCCAAGCCUCCCCACCCCCAGCCUUGCAUUCCAGAUGUGGACCUUCACUGGAGGAUCCCCAGCCUCGCCUGAACAGCUCUCCCCAGGACCCUGCCUUUCCGUGGGGCAGAGGCAGAGGAAGGGUGGGGGUCUCCUUCUGUUUCUCCAGGAGGGGCCCAAGGCUAGAGCCAUCUGCCUCUGUCUUCUCAGACCAGCAAGAGGAGGAGGGGAGUGGAGGAAGAGGGCAGAUGAAGAAGGGAAGGGGAGGAGAUGAGCUACGCCUGUGUCACCCAGACAACCUGUUACUAGGGCAACCAACCAACAGCCUUCACCCCGGAAACAAGACAGAACCCUCAGGCAGGGAAGAGGGGGAGGAGAGAAGAGAGAAGAGAGGAGGGGAGGAGAGAGACAGGUUCUCUGCUAGCCAUGACUCAGGCUGUCCUACCCGGAACGCCAGACUGAGAGAAACAGACCAGAGCCCUGAACACGGGACAGCAGAUGAGAGGGAAGAGAGAGAGGAGGGGGAAGAAAGGGAGGAGAGGAACAGGAGUACAGAGCACAGACAACAGGGCCAUGAGGUGAAUCAGACUCCUAUGUCUUCUUAUCUCCAUGUGGUUACCAGAGACGGAUCCACCCAUCUGCGAUGGCCAGUAAAACUGCUGCAGUUUACCACAGCCAAACCUCACCUCUCCUACAGCUGCAAGCCCACACACUGGCAACCCCACACCAACCCACUACACUUUAACCCUGAACACAACCACUGUCAAACCAAGUCACACUGUAACCACUCAGCAAGCCAGCAGGAGACAGAGAAACACACAGAGUCCGACUCCCUCAUGUUCUCUAGCUCCCAGCCUCCUCCUCAGGACACAGAAAAUGUAGAAUCCUAUACAGAUCUAUAUACAGAGACAGGCGGGACAGAUGAGAGAUCCUCAUCAUCCUGUCACGUUGUAGAGAAGACAGAAGCACAUGGAGUGACAGCAGCCUUCCAGGCAGAAGCAACAGUGCCAGAGAGUGGAGGUGAAUCUGGGUUCAGAUGGCACCACCCCCUCUUCGGGAACGGUGACCCCCUUUGUGGUGACAACACUCACACAAACCCCCACAAUCCCCAGGAAGGCAGAUUAGGAGGACAUGUGAGACAGGAGAGAGAACGAGCCAUCAGAACCCCCAGGCCUAAAUUAGAGGCUGUCAUCCAGCCCCGUGCCGCCGUGUGUGUGUGUGCAAGCGAGGUUAGAUGUGUGUGUACGCACGCUGCCAGCUCGCGCACACACUCCGUGGGCGGUUCAGUAAGCACUCUGACAGAUAUGUCAUGCCGAAAUGUAAACGACAGCACAAAGAAGAAGAGGAGGAAAGGGGAAAGGUAUAAUGGGACUUCAAACAAGUGUGAGGGAGAGCGGCAGCGUCUUAGGAGCGUCAUAACCUCUGUUUCCACCUGGUGGGGCGGAAAGAGGAGAUGUGACGGAGACAGAGGGGGAGAAGGAGACAGGGAAAUAGAGCGGGAGGGAGAGACGGGCGGAAAGAGGAGAAGAAAGGCAGGGGGGAAGAGGAGGAGGGGUAAGAGGAGGAGGGGUGGGACUCUGUGCCUGGUGGGGGAGUGUGACUCUGAGUCUGUGCCCUGCUCUGACAGACAGAGGCUUCACAGGAGUCACAGUAGAGACCAACAUCACUAUAUCUAUAACUCUGCCUCCCUGUUCAACACAGCACAAAGAGUCAGAGAGAGGACGGAGUAUUACAGCUCAGAAUCUCAGCUGUAUAGAGAGAUAGUCAGAGAGAGAGAUGGAGAGGUAGAGAGAGGAGAAAGGGAGGGAUGGCCUUUCAACUGGUGUUCAGACUCCUCUCUGUGUUCUACUUCCGGGUCGCCCUGGGGAAAGGCUCACAACCUCCCAGUGGCAUAUGGUCUCCACAGUUGCAGCGGGGACAAACCAGUCUACAGUCGUCAUGACAACAUCCCUGGUAGCAACAUUUCCUGUAGCCCAGUGAGGAAGAGUAAAUACAUCCACAGAAACAGGAAAUACAUGAAUAGAAAGUGGUCAGAGAGUGAGGAGUGGGAGAGAACAGAGAGUGGGAGGAGGGAGAGCUGGGAUGGCGGGAGUAGAGGCUGGUGGGAAAGAGGGAGCAGGGAGAGGGGUGGUAGGGAGAGAGGGAACAGGGAUAGGGGAAGUAGGAGGCAUGGUUUGGUAAGCAAGGGAUCCAACCCUGGAGAAGUCAGUGGAGGGGGCUGGCAUGGGUAUCUCUUGGCCCCCAGUCACAGGACUCUGGAGGGGGACAGGGGAUGGAGGUCUAGUCCUGGAGAGGUCUGGGACAGGGGACCAGGGAACUCAAGCCCAGACAGAUGUACCUGGGGCAGCAGUGACAGUUGGGAGGAUAGGAGGACAUACUGCAGGGAGGACAGAUACAGCUGGGAUGACAACUGGGAGAGACAGAGGUCCACUGAAGGUAGAAAAAGCUGGAGCAGGUGGGAGAAGGGAUCACAACCUAGCCCCAGCCCUGAUCGUUUUAGCUGGGACUGGGUUACCAGAUGCCCUGACCAUAGACACAGCCCCAGUCCUGGCUCCCAGUCUGUCCCCAGUGUGCAGGUUACCAGAUGCCCCAUCUCCAGCACCAGCUCCUGGCCUGAUUCUAGCCCUGACUGGCUGCCCCGACGGCCCAGCCCUGGCUCCUGUAGCAGCAGCACCAGUGUGUCAGACCUGAGUGGGGGGUGGAGUAGUGUUAGUACCCGCUCAAGACUCAUCUUGACUGGGAGAAAAACAACAGGGGUGCCCAGGCGAGCACCAUCUCCCUCACCCACAAAGGAGAAACACCAAGCCCCCAGCCUCAAACCUACUCCUCCUAGACCUCUGUCCAGCACUGAUACCACCCAUCCACAGGACAGGAGCCCCAACCCCACAGCACAGCCUACAUGUCUCUCAGACAGAGAGCCUAAAGCCCCCCCAAAGCCCAGAGAGGGGAACCCCAGCAGAACUCUGCACCUGCCACUUAUCGGGAAACUACCAGCGAUCAGGAGAGGAACUAAGAGACGAGGGGCAGAAAGAGAGAGGGAGGGCCCUGACCAAACAGAGAAACAGGACCACAAUCAAGACCACGUCCAGACACAGGACCAGGACCACAACCAAGGGAAGGAGAGUAUGAAGAAUGGAGCGGUUCAAAGUGGUCGACCGUGCCCUCAACCCCUCUCGCCUCAGAGCCUUGAGAAAACUGGAGAGGACUCAUCCUGUCCUUCCCUGACAUCACAUCCUGCUGUGACCUCAUAUCCUGCCCUAACUUUACCUCACAGCGGUCAGUGGUCACAAGGCCCCUCCCCUCCUCUGGCUCAACAGCCAAUCAGUUUCAGCGCUGAGGAGAUGGGCAAGUAUCGCUGUCUGCAGGAGCAGGCACGAGAGCACAUGCAGAGACUGCUACAGGGGACAGAGACACACACACUGGCACACACACACCAUACCCCCUCCCCAGAGCCAUACACACACCCCACACACACACGUACACAUGUGGCACAGACUCAAGAGAAAAACACACACGCCACUUCCCUAAAUACCUCUCUAAAGCUAGACGCACACCCCGUACAAACACAGCUCUUACAGACACACUCUACCCCCAGCCUCCCCCCUCCUCAUCCCCCUGUCCCCAUACCCCACCCUCCUCCACUCACCCUUCAUCCUUUCAUUCUACAACACACAUCUUUUAGUAUGGCACUCUCGUCACCCUCCUCUACCUCUUCCUCUCUCGCCUCCCACACCUCACCACCUCAUCACCUGACCCUCCUACACCCCCCUCUCCCCCAUCCAUUCUCUAUCUCUUCUAUCUUUCCCUCCAUCCUACUCUCCCAUCCUCCUCUACAUCUCCUCCCUCCCUCUGCCAUCCACCCCUCUCCCCUCACCACUCUCUCCCCCCUCACACUGCCACCGCCGAGACCACCGUAUCCAGAAAGACUUUGGUCAUUGAGGUUUCAACAGAAAGCAUUAUGAUGCUCUCUGAUGACAUCACAUAGUAAUACAAUGCCAUGUUAGCAACUCCUGGACAAUUAUGUCCCAUACAGUAUAACAAUCCACAGAAUUUUCUUAAUUUGUGUGUGUAUGUGUGCAUGUGUUUUUGUAUGAGUGCAUGCGUGUGUGAGCAUGUGUGUGCAUUUCGUCGCUGUCUGAUGAAAACCUUUUAACUCCAUUUUUGCCCAUUUUCAUGUUUAUACAUGUAUUGGAAGCAUUAACUCCCCUCAAUGUACUCAAAAUAGCUUCUGAAGUUUCAUAAUUGUAUGUUUGUUAAUAAAAAAGAACACAUUUAAAUCCUGAAAAGUUGGAGAUUAGGUUUUCCUUCGACAGUGACUGUGUGCGCGAGAGAGAAGCUCCUUUUGAUCCCCAUUUAAGUAUGAAUCAAGGGAAACCGUGCACCUGCUAAGACUAGCUGGCUUUCUCUCAUCUCUUUCUUCCUCUCUGAACGUUAGGCACACUGGCUUUCUUUUGAAGUACCGUAACACCUGAGAGAGAGCGACAGACAGACAGACGCUCAGGCUGUGAGCAGAGCAAUAGGCCCAACCCCCACUCCUACACCCGCCCAAGGCCCAUUCAGCCCCAAGCACAACACUGGACACUAUGGAACACAAAGCUUUUACUAUAUCAUGCUAGAAUAUCCAAGGUCUGAGGUCAUCUGCCUUUGGCCUAAAGAGCAGGAACCCAGACUUCACCAAAGACAUCAGAAAUACAGACAUUGUCAUCCUACAAGAAGCAUGGUAUAGAGGAGACAGACCCACUGGUUGCCCUCUAGGUUACAGAGAGCUGUUAGUCCCAUCCACCAAACUACCAGGAGUGAAAAAGGGAAGAGACUCAGGGGGUAUGCUAAUUUGGUGUAAAUCAGACCUAGCCCACUCUAUUGAAUUAAUCAAAACAGGAGCAUUUUACAUCUGGUUUGAAAUAACAGAGAAAAAUGUUCUCCUGUGUGCUACUUGUAUACCUCCACUAGAAUCCCCAUACUUUAAUGACAACAGCUUCUCCAUCCUAGAUGGGGAGAUCAACCCUUUUCAUAUUCUAGUCUGUGGCGACCUAAACGCCAGAACCAGUCAAGGACCUGACACUCUCAGCACACAGGGGGACAAACACCUACCUGGAGGUGACAGCAUUCCCUCCCCAAUAUGCCCCCCCAGACACAACUUUGACAAAACAACCAACAAAAACGGGUCACAAAUCCUGCAACUCUAUCGCACGCUGGGUCUGGUAGGUUUUGAGGGGACUCCUUCAGUAGAUACACUUAAAACUCAUCCCUUGGCAGUAGUACUGUAGACCACUUUAUCACCGAACUCAACCCAGAGUCUCUCAGAGCGUUCGCAGUCAGCCCACUGACACCCCUAUCAGAUCACAGCAAAAUUACAGUUGCUUGAACAGAGCAAAACUCAACAUGAGGCGUCAAAGCCGAACAAACUGCAUGCUAUUAAGGAAUGUUAUAGAUUGAAGGAAAGUAGUGUAGAAACCUACCAAAAAACAAUUGGCAAACAAAAAUGUAAUCCCUCUUAGACAACUUCCUGGACAAAACAUUUCACUGCAAUAGUGAAGGUGUAAACCUGUAGUAGAAAGCCUAAACUGAAUAUUUGACCUUUCAGCUUCCCUAUGAAAUAAAACAAUUCCAAGCAGACAACCUAAGAAAAUUAACAACAAUGACAAAUGGUUUGAUGAAGAAUGCAAAAACCUAAGAAAGAAAUGUAGAAACCUAUCCGUUCAAAAACAGAGACCCAAAAAACCUGAGCCUACGUCUUCACUAUGGUGAAAUAUUAAAUCACUACAUAAAUACACUAAGGCAAAAGAAGGGACAGCACAUCAGAAAUCAGCUCAAUGUAAUUGAAGAAUACAUAGAAUCAAACCACUUCUGGAAUCAACACAAAGAGCUAUCUAUCCAAAAUGGAGAUGUAUGGAUAAACCACUUAUCCAAUCGUUUUGGUCAUACACUCUUAGAAAAAAAGGGUUCCGUAGGAGAACCCUUUAUUGUUCCAGGUAAAAUCUUUUUGGGUUUCAUGUAGAACCCUCUGUUGAAAGGGUUCUACAUGGAAUUGAAAAGGGUUCUACCUGGAACCAAAAAUAGUUAUUCAAAGGGUUCUCCUAUGGGGACAGCCAAAGAACCCUUUUAGGUUCUAGAUAUACAUGCUUAGAAUGUGCUAACAAAAAACAAAGAGCAAAAACGUAUGCAUGAUAAAUCACAAAUAUUGAAUCAACUAUUAAAGACAACCAGAACCCACUGGAUUCUCCAAUUACAUUGAAUGAACUACAGGACAAAAUACAAACCCUCAAAAGGCCUGUGGGGUUGACAAUAUCCUUAACAAAAUAAUCAAAUAUACAGACGUCAGCUCUGGCACCUUCUCCAAAAUUUGGAACCAAGGCCUGAUCACCCUAAUCCACAAAAGUGAAGACAAAUCCGACCCCAAAAACUACCAUGGGAUAUGCCUCAACAGCAACCUCUGGAAAAUCCACUGCAGCAUCAUCAACAGCAGACUCCUACAUUUCCUUAGUGAAAACAAUGUCCUGGGUAAAUGUCAAAUUGACUUUUUACAAAAUGACUGUACGACAGACCACGUAAACUGCACACCCAAACUGACAAACAAACAAAACAAAAGCAGUCUUCUCAUGCUUUGUUGAUUUCAAAACAAGCUUUUGACUUAAUUUGGCAUGAGGGUCUGCUAUAUAAAUUGAUGAAAAGCGGUGUUGGGGGGGAAAAUAUACAACAUUAUAAAAUGAAUGUACACAAACAACAAGUGUGCAGUUAAAAUUGGCAAAAAACACAGAUUUCUUUCCUCAGGUCCAUGGGGUGAGACUGGGAUGCAGCUUGAGCCCCACCUUCUUCAACAUAUAUAUCAAUGAAUUGGCGAGGGCACUAGAUCAGUCUGUAGCACCCGGCCUUACCCUACUAUACUCUGAAGGCAAACGUCUACUGUUUGCGAUGAUCUGGUGCUUCUGUCCCCAACCAAGGCCUGCCUACAGCAGCACCUAGAUAUUCUGCACAGAUUCUGUCAGACCUGGGCCUUGACAGUGAAUCUCAGUAAGACAAAAAUAAUGGUGUCCAACAAAUUCAAAUUCUAUCUAGACACCAUUGCCCUCGGGCACACAAAGAACUAUACCUACCUCAGCCUAAACAUCAGCACCACAGGUACCUUCCACAAUGCUGUGAAUGAUCUGAGACAAGCCAAGAAGGACCUUCUAUGCCAUCAAAAGCUAAACAUACUGGAACCAGUUAUAGAACCAAUUGCCCUCUAUGGUUGUGAGGUCUGAGGUCUACUCACCAACCCAAAAAGUUACAAAAUGGGACACACACCAAAUCAAAUUGAGACUCUGCUUGCUUAAUUCUGAAGAAAAAAAAUAUCUGUGUAGAACAUAAAACCCAAACUAAUGCAUCCAGAGCAGAAUUAGGACGAUAUCCGCUAAUGAUCAAAAUCCAGAAAAGAGACGUUAUGUUGUACAACCACCUAAAAGGAAGCAACACCUAAACCUUCCAUAACAGAGCCAUCACCUCCAAAGAGAUUAACCUAGAGAAGAGUCCCCUCAGCCAGCUUGUUCUGGGACAUUGUUCACAAACAAUAACAGACCCCACAGAGCCCCAGGACAGCAACACAAUUAGACCCAACCAAAUCAUGAGAAAACUAUAUGACACAUUGGAAGUAAUUAACCAAAAAAACUGAGCAAAGUGGAAUGCUACCUUGCCCUAAAAAGAGAAUAUACAGUGGCAGAAUACCUGAGGACUGUGCACUGGCAUAAUGCAGUUUCUCUGGACCCCCCAAAGGUCGGAGUUCGCAACUGUCCUGUAUAUCCUACCUGAACGUGCAUGACAUGAGCCAUUCCUCGGGCUCUCUCCCAGCUUAGAUAGAAAGUUGUGUAAAACCAAUUUCUUUUUUUCUAUGUAGAGGCCUGUAGUUGCUACAGUAUGCGGCUGCGUCUGCUUGCAUUUUUGUGUGCAAAUGUUUAGCACAGCCUGUAGGUCCAGGUUACAGGCCCGACUGUUUUCUAUACUGACUAUUGACAACCCAUACAGAUUUUUCUGCGACAUUGUGCAUUAUUUGUCCAUUGCGCUGCACACAAUUUAAACUUAGUCUUGAAUGGUGCAUAGCAUGAUAUACCAGAGAUAAGGGACUGUUAAUAUUGCAACCACAACUCAAAUGACAGUUCACCAGUGUGAACAAAAUCAAGAACGCAAGAACUGUUAUCCACUAAAGAUAUAUGUUUGCAUCUGCCAAUUUACUGGCUGUCCAGUAUACAGACAACAUGUCCCAGCGCUUCCUAGGCCUACAAUUAAGGAGAAUGCGAUAGGCUCAAUUAAAGAUGUUGCAGAACUGCUAUAUUUGAAGCACCACUUCAUUCUUCCCAGUUUCCCUGAUGUUGCUACGGAAAUCAAGCGGUUUAUAACCAUCCCUGUAACUGUCUGUCUGUGAAGAGAUCGUUUUCUAAACUAAAACUCAUGAAGAAUUAAGAAGAGUUAGACUCUCGGUCUGACAUGCACUUUUGAACACCUAAGUAAGCUCCACUCAUGGCACUGGCGCCGUCGUAGUUCUGACCAGGUAUUUGCUCACCAAUAUCCCCUUAAUUUCAAUCAGUUUCAUUUUUUUCAAGGCCUGAGGGACUUUGAUCAGUCACAUUAUUGAAGCCCAAUAAACAAAUACUUAGCUUCCUAGUACAUAUGUAAAUUAAAAAGGUUUAUGAAUGACCUUUUGGAGGGUUACUUUGAAAAUGAUUUAUUAAAUAAAAUACAAAUAGACCAAUGUCAGACAGGCGCAUGGGCCCUCAUUGGGCUGUGGGGGUAUCCAGUACACCAGUGCCACGGUGACUGACCCAAACCUAAGAAAAGCUUUGCCUAUUUACAGACUCCAUGAGCCUUGCUACUGAGAGAGGCCGCCAUAGGCAGAGAGAGAGAAGAAAGGCUAUGUGCCCACUGUCAACAAAACAAGGUGGAAACUAAGAUGCACUUCCUAACCUCCUGAGGGGAAAGGGCCAUAUUUCCUUCAGUUCACACAGACCAAGAAAGAAUUUGAAAACCAAUCAAAUAUUGACAAACUCCCUUAUUUGUCAAAAUACCGCAGUGUGCAAUCACAGCAGCCAUAUUUGUGACCUAUUGCCACAAGAAAAGGGCAACCAGUGUAGCACAAACACCUUUGUAAAUACAACCUAUAUCUGUUUAUUUUCCCUUGCCAUUCAUACUACAACUAUUUUAAUAAUAUAACAUUUGAGAUGUCUUUAUCCUUUUGAAACGUUUGUGUUUGUAAUGUUAACUAUUAAUUUCUGAUUGCUUAUAUCACUUUUGUUUAUUGUUUUUCACUUGCUUUGGCAAUAUAAACAUGCGUUUCCCAUGACCGUAUAUCCCCUUUGAAUUGAAGUGAAUUGAAUUGAGAGAAAGAGCAGAGCGAGAGAGAAGGAAGAGAAAGUGUAAGGGAGAGAGAGAGCGCUUGAGGGAUAUAGUGAGAGAACGAAAGGUGAGAAAUAGAGGGAGAGAAAGAGAGAAGAGAUCAAGAAAAAGUAAGGGCCAUCUCCAUUUCGUACAGGUUAGUUAAGCAUUUGUACAAAAAGGCAUCAAUCACAUUAAAAGCUGGAAAUAUUGUAACUUAAACAUAAAGACUAUCAUCCCUGGGACAACACACACACACAUAAAAUGGAAUGCAGGAAAAUGUAAUAACAUGUUUCCAUAUAUCUGGUGUACAAUGUCAUGUAAAUAUAUCUGCCCUGCUGAGGGGUAGAGAGACAAAGACUGACUGCAUUAUACAACCAUGGGACAAUAAAAUGACUUUACAGAAA